AUGGCCAAAGCAAAUAAAAAUCGCGAAGCAAAACUUCUUUUCGAAGAAAAAGAAGUAAUACUGUGUUUUCACGGGCCUCUGCUUUAUGAGGCAAAAAUUAUAAAAGCAGAGAAUUGGGCGCCAGGUGAUUCUAAAUCGGGAGAACUUGGUCCUCAUUAUUUUGUACAUUACAAAGGCUGGAAAAAUACGUGGGACGAAUGGGUAUCAGAAGAUAGGGUUGUAAAAAUGAAUCAGUCAAAUCUAGCCAAACAAAAACAACUCAAGGAGUCACAUGCAAUCAUGAAAAAAAGAAAAAUUGGCAAAAAAGCAAUCCAACAACAAAAUCAACAACCUGUUGUUGAGAAACCCACACCACGUACAAAAAAACGUCAAAGAGCAGACUCUGUUAAUGAUGAUGGUAAUGAUGAUGGUAAUAUUAAUAAUAACAAUACGUCAUCAGGAAUACAAGAUGUUGGACAAGCUCAUGAUAAUAAACAAGAUAGAAAAAGAAAGAAAGUUGUAAAGGAUAAUGAAGAACGGGAAAAGGAAUUUAUGAAACUUCCAGAAAUCCAAAUAGUACUUCCUCAACGUUUAAAAGAAAAAUUAAUAGAUGAUUGGGCAACUAUUAUGAGAGACAAAAUUUUAUACCAUCUUCCUUGUUCGAUUACUGUGGACGAGAUAUUAGUAGAUUAUUUGAAUUAUAAACGUGGUAUUACUUCUUCCACUUCUGGUGAUAACUCAUUGUCUUCUUCUGCAUCCUCAUAUUCUUUAUCUUCCAAAAAUGCUUCAAAAUCGAACGAUUAUACAUCUUCAAGGUAUGAAGAUGUUCACGAGGAAAUUACGAAUGGAAUUCAGGCUUAUUUUAACACUUGUUUGGAUACUAUGCUCUUGUAUGAUGAAGAAAGAGUUCAAAAUGAAGAUGUUCAUAAAACUUAUCCGGACAAAGAAUGGUCAGAAAUCUAUGGAGCAGAACAUUUGUUAAGAUUAUUUGUUGAACUUCCAAAAUUACUUGUUCACACUGAUUUAGAUGAAAAGGCUAUGGAUAUUCUUAAAGGACACUUGGCAGACUUCUUAAAAUUUUUUGAAAAAAAUAGAUCACAUUAUUUUGUGGGAAUGUAUGAACAUGAUUUGAGUAUUCCCCCUAACAAGAAAUUAAAAUCUAGUGGCAAGAGAGCAGCAAAAUCUUACUGUACAAAUUGUAGAACAUUCAAUUCGCCUGAUUGGCAUGCUGGAGAAACUCCUGAUCAAAUACUUUGUAGCAUCCCAUCACCUUCAACUCCAUCUCCAUCUACUUCGGAUGAUGGCAUCCUUAGUUAG